CAUAAUUUUCACUCUGAAUUGAUCCCAUUCCCUCCUUUGAUUACAUUUGCUCUUCCAACUCUACCGUCUUUCCACCUACAUACCCUUAUAGCUCUAGUCGCAUUCCCUCCUGGUUAUUCUCGUCAUUGCUCCCCUUGAGCCUUCAGCUUGUAGAUCUAGUUUAGUAAUCAGCCAUUUGUCCCUACUUAUCAUGAAGUUACAUACUGCUUCCCAGCAAAUAGGAAUAUUGGCCUUCUUCCUCUUGGAAGCAGCUCAGUCCAUGGAGCUCACCAGAGCAGCAUCGAGUGGUCGAUUGGCAGAAAUAUCAGAUGCCUCCGAUCGUGCAGGCUCGGUGGUUGCGAGCUCGGAGGAAGCGAAAAUGUCAAAGUCAUCUCUAAACCAAGAGACUGGUCGUAAUCACAUCACACAUCACAGUGUCAAAGCAGAAACUUAUAACCUCGAGGGAUCCUUGGGCGACAUUGAUAAGAGGUUCCAAUUGAGACAGGACAACCUUAAAAAUCUCCAGAAGUCUAUCUCCGAGUCCAUCAAAACACGCGAUGGUGAUGAAGCUGUCGGCAUGUAUGAUGAGUUGGCUAACGAGUUUCAAUUUAGCGCUGGAGAAUUACAUUCACUUCGCAAAGACAUUUUUGAAAAGUCUCAGAUUCAGGAUGGCAAAGAGCACACGGACCUGGUGAAUCGUUUGCAAGACAUCAUAAAUCAUACCCCUCAAUUUAAGUUCCCCAUGCACCAUAGUAUCACCUCCUGUCAGCCACGAGACAUGUAGGACAUGUCCAAAUGUCUGCAUUGGCUCAUAUUUCCAUGAGUUGAUUUAGUUUAGUGGUUUGAUGACCACUUCAAAGGAUGAGGUAUAUCUUGAUGGAUGUACCCAAGUCCUAGUGUCCUUGGUAUCUUAUUC